UAGUGCGGCGGAGAGGCGCAGAGCCCUGCCCCGAAGGGCCAGAGGCCACCCGAGGGGCGCCCGGGCGCUCGGUUCUGGGAAAAAGGCAGCAAAGGAAAGAAGCUCUCCAAGUGACUAGUCCUGGAGGUACCCUCUCUCAAGGAUGCGCCGAGCGCCCGGGAGCCCUUUUCCCGGGUGUCCUCGGCUUUAAACAAUCAUUAGCCUUUGGAGGCAGUAGGGCAGCGCCGGCCCCGGGGGACCUGGCCUGGGAACAUUUCCCAAACCUGCCCUGCGAUUUUUGCGCCAUCAGGAGCCAGACCCCGGCUGCGCGCGCGGGGCAGGAGUCAGGCGCACCUCCUGGGCGUUGCGGAGCUGCGGCGCCUAGCAAAGCCCGCUUUCCGAGCUCCAGGGGCUUUGAGAGAGACAACCUCAAGGCAAGGGCGUUUGGGGAGCUGCGGUGGAGCCAGGGGCUUGGAGGAGUGAGGCAUGUAUUUUCAGCUGCACCUUCAAAAGGGGAGAAUUCCGUCGCCACCAGAGAGGCAACAGCCCCAAAAUAUGACUACGGUUGCCUAGAUCCGCAGAGGCCUGGGAGUCUCUGGUUUGAUAGCUUAGAAUAUGCUAAAAAGCCAAUGCCUUCCAUGGAGAAUUGAAGGGCCAGCUGGUCAACAGGACAGUGACCUGGAGCAAGGGAGUCAGAAGACAGUCGUAACAAGCAAGAGGGGCCUUCCAAGGGACUGACUUGGGUUGCCAAGGGCAGGCUCCUGCCACGCAAUUGUUGCAGCCCUCUGAUGGAAUGCUGGUGAGGUCCUCCACCUCGGGGAGCCGUCGGGGCUGUGCCAGGGGCUGCCUGGUGAGUGAGAACUCCUGCAGGUGGGACUGACCCCUCAUCCCUGCUUAGGAACUGGAGGGUGUCAGAGCCCCCUAUGUGCUCUCCCUCCGCAAGAUGAGGACUCUGAACACCUCUACUAUGGAUGGGGCUGGGCUGGUGGUAGAGAGAGACUUCUCCUUCCGCAUCCUUACAGCCUGCUUCCUGUCUCUGCUCAUCCUGUCCACACUCCUGGGGAACACACUGGUCUGUGCCGCUGUCAUCAGGUUCCGACACCUGCGGUCCAAGGUGACCAACUUCUUUGUCAUCUCCUUGGCCGUAUCGGAUCUCUUGGUGGCUGUCUUGGUCAUGCCCUGGAAAGCGGUGGCGGAGAUUGCUGGCUUCUGGCCCUUUGGGUCCUUCUGUAACAUCUGGGUGGCCUUUGACAUCAUGUGCUCGACCGCGUCCAUCCUCAACCUCUGUGUGAUCAGCGUGGACAGGUAUUGGGCCAUCUCCAGCCCCUUCCGGUAUGAGAGGAAGAUGACCCCCAAGGCAGCCUUCAUCCUGAUCAGCGUGGCAUGGACCUUGUCUGUACUCAUCUCUUUCAUCCCAGUACAGCUCAGCUGGCACAAGGCGAAACCCACAAGCUCCUCUGACGGCAAUGCCACUUCCCUGGGUGAGACCCUGGACAACUGUGAUUCCAGCUUAAGCAGGACAUAUGCCAUUUCAUCCUCCCUGAUAAGCUUUUAUAUCCCCGUGGCCAUCAUGAUUGUCACCUACACCAGGAUCUAUAGGAUCGCCCAGAAACAAAUACGGCGCAUCUCGGCCUUGGAGAGGGCAGCAGUCCAUGCCAAGAAUUGCCAGACCACUACAGGUAAUGGAAACCCAGUGGAGUGUUCUCAACCAGAAAGCUCCUUUAAGAUGUCCUUCAAAAGAGAAACUAAAGUUCUGAAGACUCUGUCCGUGAUCAUGGGGGUCUUUGUGUGCUGCUGGCUUCCUUUCUUCAUCUUGAACUGCAUGGUGCCCUUCUGUGGGUCUGGGGAGACCAAGCCCUUCUGCAUUGAUUCCAUCACCUUUGACGUGUUUGUGUGGUUUGGGUGGGCUAAUUCCUCCUUGAACCCCAUCAUUUAUGCCUUUAAUGCUGAUUUUCGGAAGGCAUUUUCAACUCUCUUAGGAUGCUACAGACUUUGCCCUACCACGAAUAAUGCCAUAGAGACGGUUAGCAUCAAUAACAAUGGGGCUGUGGUAUUUUCCAGCCAUCACGAGCCUCGAGGCUCCAUUUCCAAGGACUGCAAUCUGGUUUAUCUGAUCCCACAUGCAGUGGGCUCCUCUGAGGACCUGAAGAAGGAGGAGGCAGGUGGAAUGGCCAAACCCUUGGAGAAGCUGUCCCCGGCCCUAUCUGUCAUAUUGGACUACGACACCGAUGUCUCUCUAGAGAAGAUCCAGCCUAUCACACAAAACGGACAGCAUCCAACCUGAACCCUGAGAUGAAUCCGGCCAGACAGGCUCAUCCCAAAAACUGGAGGAGAUUUUCAGUGGCUUGCUGUUAGGAAACCAAGGUGUGGUGAGACUCAGAUGUCAGGCAAGCCCUCCUCUGCUGCUUUUCCUUAAACACACUAACUAUAUUUUAAAAUACAUUUCAGUGUGUUUUCUGUGUUGUUCAUAGUGAAUCAAAGAGGGACAUAUGUGAAGUGAAUGUUCACAGGGACAUGUCUUUGGCUCCAAAAUUAUUUUUAGAAACUGAUUCUUAUCUUAGGACUUAAAAAAUAGGGCACAGAAUCAACAAUGAACAGCAUUGCUUAAAAAAUAAAUCCUUUCCAGGAAGGAAAUGAGAAGGGUCGAGUUUGCUGUGUACAAACAGGUGCUAACACUGGUCCAAGCAGAGUUUUCAGAUUGUAAAGGUAGGUGCAUGCCUUCAUAAAUUAUUUCUAAAAAAUAAUUGAGCCUUACAGUAGGGGUGGGAUUUUUUUUCCAGACUUGAGAGAUGUUUUGUUGAUAAUGGUUUUAUUUAUUUAUUGUAUUAUAUGGAUAUUUUAAAUUUAUUAAAUAAAUCUAUAUUUAUCAGAUGUCAUAGGAUAAACUAAUGAAUUAUCUGAGACCUUACAAUCACAUUUCGUCCAUCUAACUAGCACUUUAUUGGCCAAUGAAACAAACAGACAAACUCUGAGAUUCUAAAUGCUCAUGGGUAACUUCCAGAAACAGCAAAGACUGAUAGGAAAUGAAGUUGUGAUACUUCUUUAAAAUUCAUUGGCAUUAAUAAACACGAGGUGAGAAUUGACAAAUGCUGUGAAUGUUUUUUUUUCUAGAAAGAUUUUGAAAAACUUAAAAAGGCAUAGCUACUAUUGUGUUCAAAUUUUUUUAAAUGACAGAGACUUUCCCAGGAGAAAGAUUUGCAGUUCUGUAAAUAAUCUUAAAUAAAAGCCAGCUUCAGAAGGACCUGACUUGAGAUUUAUGACCUUAGGUGGUAAUAAAAAGUAUGUGCCACUUUGUAUUUAUGUAAAAUACUUGGCCUUUUGCGUCUUUCUCAUUUCAGUGUCAGAUAGUUUUUCUGAACCAACAAGUGGCUGUCCUGGUUAGAUACGUGUAGUGAAGACAGUAGGUUUCCUUAAUAUUUGGGUUAUAACAGUCUCACCAACAGACAAAGGUCAAAUCCUGCAUCUCCAUCUUACCAGGUCAAAUCACACCACUCAGUGGGGCGACUUUUUGUAGUGCUUUAAUCUGAAUUUAGAAUUGAUUUUUUUUUUAAGUCUAAAUGUUAAUAGUAUACUAACGAAUAGUGCCUCAUUAUCAUCCUCAAGUUAGACACUUCUCUUGGUGGAAAUAAAAGGAGACCCCUUCUCUUUGGGUGUGUUAAGUGCUCCAAAGCCACCAGAAUCUCUAUUGACAAAGGCUAGCUCCUUCUCUGUGCUUUGGAAUCAAGUUCCUAUCUCAUCAUCUCAACUGUAUAAAGUAUCAUGAGUCUGUUUUGCCAGAUACUCAUUCAUGUGGGGGCAUUUCAAGAGAAUUUCUUUGAAAUGUUUACAGAGUAUUCUUGUUGAUAAGCAAUGUACACAGUGUUUAGAUGAAAUGGGUAACAAGAAGGAAAUCUACUGAAAAAUAUCUCCUGCAUCAGGUCCGUGUUAUUUAUGCAUUGUGAAUGUUUCUUCAUUUUAUUGCCUGUAUGCUUUCUUACAUAUAAUAAAAUUAUUUUGUG